UGCAAAUAUUUGAGGGAAACUCGAUGAUUCUUAGGAUACGUAGAAUAAAUGUCGCUAGGUAGUUCAGGGAAAAUUUGUAUUUCGAAUAACGGUAAGCUUUGUAGAAAUUGGUUACCGUAGAUGGCGCCAGUAUCAUAUACAAACAAUAUGGCUGUGAUCGCAUAGUGUUGCGUGCCGUCGAUAUUUCCGUUUUAUUUAAAUAGUGAAGGAAAGCUGCUUUUUGCUCUGUAGUAACGUCUCGAAUUAAUUACAUCCGUGAGGUGAUGGAUCCUGAGUUUUUAUCAAGAUUGAUACCUCAGAGUAAGGAGCAAGUUAGACCAGCGUGUAAAAAGUGUGGCUAUGCUGGACAUCUGACUUAUCAAUGCAGAAAUUUUAUCAAAGUCGAUCCUAACAAGGAAAUUGUUCUCGAUGUGAGUAGCACUAGUUCGGACAGUGAUGAGAACUAUGUUACUCCUUUGACGGAACUAAGGGAAAAGGAGCUCAAGAAGAAAUUAAAGGAAGCGAAGAAAAAGCACAAGGAGAAGAAGAGUAAAAAGAAAUCAAAGAAGCGUAAAAAGUCUGAAACUAGUGAAUCUGAUUCAGAGGACUCCUCUUCUGAGGAAGAACGUAAGCGUAAACAUAAGAAAAAGAGGAAGAAGUCCAAGCACAAAAAACAUAAGAAGCAUAAGAAACAAAGUUCAUCAGACUCUGAUUCUGAUGAGGAUAGUGAAAAAGAAUAAUAUUAAGGACUUUUAUCCUGUACUUGUAUAUAUAUUACUGUAAACGGGAGAUUUGUAAAUAAAUGAGAUUUUAGUAUU